AUGGCCGAGGCGCCGCCACAACCACAUAUCUUCGAACAUGCGUCCAUGCUCUCAUUGCUCGCCACACCAUUCCAUAUACCCUCCUCCACAACAAACCUCCCGAGUACUCCCACUUAUGUGUCUUUGGGUCUAGGGACAUCCGACUUGUCUCACUGGCGUCCCCAAGUGCAUGAAGCCAGGUUCUCUAAAGACGGGGACGGCUCGUGCACUGUCGAAGAAGCUCCUAUGCCAUCCGGUAGCCUCUCUCGCUUGUCUGACAAAGAGGUCCCGCUCGUCCAGAAGAGCCACAGUGCCUGCAGCACACCAAACACCUCAUACACCGAGAACGACACAUCACGUGGACCUGGUCUGGGCCAUAGUUAUGCGAAUGUGCCUCCACCCAGAGGAGCUGAACCAAUUGUUACACUUGGUGGAAUCGACUUGAAUAGCUCCGGAAGUGUUGUCGUCAAAGAAGAAAGGAAACUUUUGACAGUGUUCUUUCCUGAUGGCCGUGAUGGACGAACUUUCACUCUGAAGGCAGAAACUGCAGAAGAUCUAAAUGAGUGGAGAAAUGCACUGGAGAGUGCUCUAGCACAGGCACCAAGCAUAGCAAAUACAAUGGGGCAAAAUCCAAUAUUCAGCACUGAUGUAGCAGCAGAACCUGCUGAAGCUCCAGCUGAACAGUCGGAGGACAGUUCUGUUAUUGGCAGACCUGCAGAAUUUGCACUAGUAGAUGCUGAUGGUAGUCCAUCAUUUCUGGAGAAGGCCCUGAAGUUCAUUGAAGAUCAUGGGGUCAAGGUAGAGGGCAUCCUGCGUCAGUCUGCUGAUGUUGAAGAAGUCAAACGCAGAAUUCGGGAUUAUGAAAAGGGGAAAAACGAGUUCUCCCCAGAAGAGGAUGCUCAUGUUAUUGGUGACUGUAUUAAGUAUGUUCUUCGAGAGAUGCCAUCAUCUCCAGUUCCUGCAUCAUGUUGCACUGCCCUGGUUAAAGCAUACCGAAGUGACAAGGCAAGAAGACUUGAUGAGAUAAAUAGGGUGAUAUAUGAAGUUUUCCCAGAACCAAAUCGACAAUUGUUGCAGAGGACUCUUAAGAUGAUGCAAAUUGUUGAGUCACACAAAGCUGUGAAUAGGAUGUCUCAAUCUGCUUUGGCAGCUUGCAUGGCACCACUCCUCCUUCGACCUCUUCUUCUUGGAGAAUGUGACAUAGACAAUGAAUUUAGUAUGGGAGGGGACAGUUCAUUCCAGCUACUUCAAGCUGCUGCGGCUGCGAAUCAUGCACAAGCUAUUGUUAUUAUUAUGAUGGAGGAAUUUGAUCAGAUAUUUGAUGACUUGGAAGAAGGUUCCUGUUCUUCAGAUGCUUAUACCGAGUCUGAGGAUGAUGAUGUUGAUAAGGAAUAUUCCACAGAUAAUGACAUCCAUGAUGACGAUGAUUCUUAUGAUUCUGGUGAAGAUGACAUUGAAGAAGACUUGGACUACUCUGAUGACAGUGAACAUGAGAUCAACGCUAAUGUCAAGGAUGGCAAGGUUAAAAACAAUAUCUCAGAAACUGCAGAAGGUGCACAGGCAGAGGAUACCUCUCAUAUGGAGAUCAAUACUCAAUCCAACCAGAAACAAGAAUCAUGUGGACCAAAUGGAUCCAAAGAUCGUAUACUAAGAUCAACUUCUCGUUCAUCAUCUUCCAGAGAAAAAUCUAUGGAGAAGGGCAAAAGAACCUUAUGGGGCCGUACUUCAGCAAGGAAAGACCUGUCAACAGAGGAGAUUGAAUGCUGCAGCGAUGAUGAGACCCUUAUUGAGAAACUUGAGAGCAGCAAAAUUGAUCUCCAAUCGAAAAUUGCAAAGGAGGUCAAAGAAAAUGCAAUCCUACAGUCAAGUCUAGAAAAGCGGAAAGAAGAACUACAUGAGCGCCGUUUAGCACUUGAAAAAGAAGUUGAAAGUUUGAGGGACCAGCUGCAGAAGGAGAGAAAUUUGAGAACAUCCUUGGAGUCCGGGGUGAUGAAUUUGCGAAGAGGGCAGGUGUCCUUGCCGUCAACAAUAGACAGCAAGACUAAGGCUGAUCUUGAGGAAGUUGCGACUGCUGAAUCUGAUAUUAUGAACUUGAAGCAAGAGGUUUCUGAUCUUCGUGGGCAGGUUAGCAGCCAGCUGCUGUGCUGUGAAUCAUGCAACAAACGGCUCGUAAAUACAGACAGGCUUGGCGGACCUGAAAGCUCAUCAGUGGAAGCGUCACCGACUGUUGGGGGUGAUUCUGCAUCUGACAUUGGUGAUAUUGAGCAGUCAAGGAAGCAAACCGCGCAGCAUUCGCCUUCUUCGACAGCCAAGCCAGGUCACGAGGCAGUCGGGAGCAUCAGCCAGAGGGCUCCUCAAAGAAGGCAAUCGAUUGCUAGGGAGGGCCAAGAUGGGUCGUCGUCAUCAUCCUCUAAUUCGAAGUGGAAUCUUGCGCAGAAACAGUAUUCAAAUAGCCCAUUGAUAAGAGGGCUUCAUGGAUCCAGCAGACUAGAGGAUUUCGGUGGAAGCAUACCACCAGCAGCGUCAACGGCAUUAGUAAAGCUGACAAACCGGCUCAACUUCCUGAAAGAACGGAGGGCGCUGCUGGCAAGCGAGAUGCAGAGCUUGGAUUUGGGUCGGCCCCCAGCUGCUGCUGCUCCGUCAGUCAAAUCCCCAAUACCAAAAGGCCAUGAAAGGAAGAAGAGUUGA